UACACAAACGCUCGGCUGAUGACGUGUACACUUUAGUACCGUUAGCUAGCUAGCUAGCUUAGCCAUCUGAGAGAAUAAAGGCGUUAUAAAUAAAGUAACGUUACAAAGCAAAGGGAAACACAGCGUUUCGACAAAUCGCGGAAGAUGGAGACGCUCUACCAUCAGACAAACAAGCAAAUCCAGGAGGUGCAGUCUUUUAUGGGUGAUCUGGAGAAGACGGAUCGUCAAUCAGUACACUUGUUAGAGAAUGAACUGCAGGCUAGAAUCGACCAGAUCUUCAAUCAUUUAGAACGCCUUGAGAUCCUGGCCAGCAAGGAACCACCAAACCGCCGCCAGAACGCCAAAUUGCGAGUGGACCAGCUUAAGUAUGAUGUCCAACACCUUCGGACUGGCCUGCAAAAUUUCCAGCACCGACGCUAUGCCAGAGAGGCCCAGGAGAGAGACAGGGAGGAACUAAUGAGCCGUACCUUCACGACCAACGACGCAGAUACCUCCAUCCCCAUAGAUGAGACCCUACAGUUAAACUCCAACUUGCACAAUGCACACAGAGGCAUUGAUGACCUCCUGGGCAGCGGCAGUGGCAUCCUCAAUGGUCUCAGAGAUCAAAGAUCUACACUGAAGGGGACCCAUAAGAAGAUGCUGGAUGUGGCCAACAUGUUAGGGCUGUCCAACACAGUGAUGAGACUGAUAGAAAAGCGGGCCACUCAAGAUAAGUUCAUCAUGAUUGGAGGCAUGCUGUUGACCUGCAUCUUCUUGUUCCUGGUAAUCAGAUACCUGGGCUGACCACCAUCCAUCCACAACGGUGGUUUUUGAUCAGUCGUGGACAUUUCUGCAGCACAUCAUCCCUCAUGAAAUGAAAAGUGGCAGAACUGAAUUUUCAUCAGAUUUAACUAUUUUUUUUAUAAAUCGUGCCAUUAUAGUUUGCUUUCCACCAUUUUAAUUAUUUUGGGCACCUGCAAAAUGGCAAGGUUGAAGACCUUAAUUACAUACAGUAUUUUACUUCACUUGAAGCUCCAAGAGAGCAUUGAACUUUGUUAAUAGGCCUGCUGCUUUCCUCAGAUUACUGCCACAGAUCCAUAAUCUAUUCUUUAUCAAAACCACUCAAACUGUAAAUUACUCAUUACUGUACCCAAAUGGCUUUUUAAAAAUACUUCAAACUGAUCUUCAUACUUGCUACUAUACUUGCUUUUGCCUCCAGUGAAAAGCUAUGUUUCUGUUUUGCUCCUUAAUCUGUUAAUAAUGUUGUCAAUGUCAUUCUGCCUUGUUACACAUGGCUCAUAAAGAGAUAGAAAUACUAGUGUGGAAGUAUUCAAAAUGCUCCAUGAUUCAUUACAUUGCAAAUUAAGAAUACUCCCUGGAGAAUCUUUUGUUUUAUGUGUUAUGAUGUAUGUGUAGCUAAGGUUAUACACAAGAGAUAAACAGGGUGGCAACAAGGAUCUGUUCAGAAACACAAUGGAAGCAGCAAUUAUUCUGUAAUUGUUAUAUACUUGGAUUUAUGCUUGGGUCUAGUCUCACUAUGUGAGUGAUUUAAUUCUCUUAAUAGAAUAAAACAUGUUUCAUUUCCUUGGUCUAUCUUCAACAAAUGACUGAUGGAACAGGAACAAAGUUCAGUAAGAACUGAAAGUGAUUUUUGGCUAGUUUAUAAGAGCUUUCCCUUUCACUCGAAGCAGCAUUACUGGUAGCUAGCAGUGUUAACUCUCCUGUUGACAUGCAUUUUGUGGAUUUACUGUUUUCACAGGUCUAUUCAAGGCAACUAGGGCACCAUCUAGUGUUUCAUUUCCACAGUGACCUCUGCAGGGGUUGCUUUACUGUCCCAGAUGAAAUGACGCCCAUGUUGACAUUCUGAUUGCUGAGUGGUUAGAAGAUUAAAUGUUUACAUGUGAAUUUCAUUAACCCAACAUAUUAUGGAAAAAACCCCACAUGAACUCAACAUUUUAUUUGCUGAAACAGUACGUUUUUAAAAAUACAGAGUUGCUACUGUUUGACAGAUCACUAUCCUUUGCCAUCCCAGCCCAGUUUAGCCAGGGGAAUUUAGAAACAACCUUAAUAAAAUACAUACACGUGUCUAUCUUCCA